UCUCAUCAAGAUGCCCAGUUCUCGUAAUGAGAAGGAAUUGAGCCCUUCUGCUCGAAACUAUAGCAAAGGAAAAAAGUCAUCCCAUAAGCAAAAGAAACAUAGAAAACGCCCUAAAACUGAGGCCUCAGUUGAAAAGCUAAAGGAACAAUACGAAGAUAUUUCCUCCGCUUCAGAAGAAACCGAACAGUUGCCUGUUCAAAGGUACAGCUCAAUCUCACGGAGCCCCUCGCCCGUUGCGUCGAAAAAAUCAAAACCUAGUGUCAAACGAAAGAAGUCGAGAAAGGAUAGCACAGUACAAGGAUCAAGCAAAAAACGUAAGAAACAUGGCAAGUCGCCCAUGAAUCUUCCGCUAAUGGAGGGAGGCGCUUUGUCGCCAGUUUCCAGGUCGAAAUGGAAAGACGUGACACCAUCUCCAAAAAUGCUGUCGAACAGGGAUACAAUCGGGCACUACUCCCCUAUGCGUACUGUAUCUAAGCGGCGAGGCUCUGAAUCGCCUCAUGUUCCAAGAGCUUACAGACCUAAGUCACCAAGUAGGAGUCCAAUGAUGAAAGUUUGGUCAAGAUCUCCUUACAGCCAUAGAUCAAGAUCACCAUCACCUCCUCCUUAUGGAUCACGGGGGAGGUCACCCAUGGAGACGUUCAGAUCUCAAGAGAGAUCUCCAUAUCGCUCACCUAUAGGACAAUUCUCACCAUAUGACAGCCGAGGCAGGUCUUACAUGCCCUACAGCAGGAGACGAACACCCUCACCAUAUGGACGUCAUUCACCAUCACCACCCUUCAGGAAUUCAGGGUUAAGGAAUAGGAAAAAUCAGAGGAACCCUAACAGACCACGCAGCAGGUCUUUGUCACCACCUCCACCGGCACGCUCCAAUAUUAGAAGUCGCACACCUCCAAAGAGGACCCAGCGACGCUGUUCACCUCGAAGCCCAAAUGUUCAUCAAUCAGGUCUUAAGUCUGGAAGCAAAAAUGCCUCAUGGCAGAGGUCAAGUUCUUCGAGAAAUGACACCAUAAGGAAAGCAGAUGACAAGUCUGUAAACCGAGACACAAGAGACAAACUUUUGACUAACAAGGAUUAUUUAUUUAAGGACAAAGGCAGAGGUGAUACUGUAGAUGGAGUGAGCAAGAAUUCAGUGAAGGAUGUCAUCAACAAAUCAAAACAAAAUUUAGAACCUAGUGCAAAAGAUUCUCCAGUGAAUGGUCCUGCAAAGGGAGCUAAUUUGACUUCAUCUAGAGUUAAAACAGAAUGUGAAGAAACUAAAAAGCCAACGCAAAGUGAAUCAAUACCAGCUCUUCCACUUCCUCCUUUGAAUGAGCCAGUGCCACCACCUCUUCCUAGCGAGGAGCCACCUCCUUUACCUCCAGAUGAAGAGAGGCCACCUCCUCCUCCUGCCCCUACUUUACCACCACUACCUUUACCACCAGAACUUCCUGGUACUCCAGGUGAAUCUCCUACUUCUUACUCGCCACGCUCCCCAGGAGGAAAACUUCCUGAAUCUCCCAAGUCUUCACAGCAUUCCUUUCCUCCAUUACGCCCUUUAAAGGAUACAGAUGGCUCUGGAUUGCCCUCAGUUUCAGGGCCAAGCAGUCAGAGUGAAACACCACUGUCAACACCAGAUACCACUCCAAAGACUCCAGCUGAGAGUGAAUGGGGAGAAAGGUGUGUUGACAUGUUUCAGAUCAUUGAUCAAGUUGGAGAAGGAACAUAUGGGCAAGUUUAUAAAGCAAAGGACAAGAUAACAGGGGAACUGGUUGCCCUGAAAAAAGUACGCACUGACAAUGAGAAGGAAGGUUUUCCUAUUACAGCAGUGAGAGAGAUCAAAAUCCUUCGUCAGCUGAAUCAUCACAAUAUUGUGAACUUGAAAGAAAUUGUUACAGACAAACCAAAUGCUCUUGAUUUCCGAAAAGAUAAAGGUGGGUUUUAUCUUGUGUUUGAAUACCUGGAUCAUGAUCUGAUGGGUGUACUGGAAUCUGGCUUGGUUCAUUUUACGGAAGAUCACAUCAAGUCCUUCACAAAACAGCUUUUAGAUGGCCUCAGUUACUGUCAUCGCAAAAAUUUUCUUCACCGAGAUAUUAAAUGCUCCAAUAUUUUGCUGAGCAACAAAGGAGAAUUAAAGCUGGCUGAUUUUGGAUUAGCAAGAUUGUACGAGGCAGAUGAAAGGAGGCCAUACACAAAUAAGGUCAUCACAUUGUGGUACAGACCACCAGAACUGUUACUGGGAGAAGAACGCUAUGGGCCUGGCAUAGACAUCUGGAGUGUGGGGUGUAUACUGGGGGAACUAUUCACCAAGAAACCAAUAUUUCCUGCAUUACAGGAGAUAGGUCAGCUUGAACUAAUCAGCCGUAUCUGUGGAACACCAACACCGGCAGUAUGGCCUGAUGUCAUUCAUUUGCCACACUUUCACACAAUGAAGCCCAAGAAACAGUACCGCAGAAGAGUGAAAGAUGAAUUUUCUUUUAUGCCAGCUGAUGCAUUGGACCUGUUUGACCGCAUGUUGACACUGGAUCCUUCGAAGAGGAUCACAGCAGAAGAAUCCCUACAGCAUCCCUUUCUGAAGGAUGUUGUUUGUGAGAACAUCAGCCCACCAAGCCUACCAACAUGGCAGGACUGUCAUGAGAUGUGGAGUAAGAAACGCAGACGCAAAGGAGAGGGGAAAGUAGCUGAGGAUGCAGGCUUAGCAAAACAAACAAGGAGAGGAUCUGUUGCUGACAGCCUAGAAAAUUCCAACAGUCUUCCUACACUAUCAGUAACGGGGGAGCAAGAAGAGAGAUCAUUAGAAUCACUCGAGUCUUCAACGAUUCUUCGCAGACAGAGCAUCGAGACAGUUGAAAUGGAGACAGAAGAAACUUCUGCUGAUGGGUAUUCCACAAGAGAUGAACAUGUGUUCUAUGAUCGAGAAGAAGCACACCAGUAUUCAUAUACUGAAGACAACCCGAAGUCUUCUUUCUUGCAGGAUUCAUAUUAUCGUGAUUACCCAAGGGACUAUCCAGGAGGAUCAAGCAACAAUUCUCACAGUGCUUCUGUGGAUGAUUAUCCUCAUCCGUAUUCAAGGGAAAAUAGUGAUAACAGCAGGGGAAAUAGGUAUUCACAGUCCACUGUGCAUUAUGAACAGUUGUCUCCUCCUACAGAUCAAGAAAGAUGUUCCUUUUCUGAUAAGUUUAGACAUUACAGUUAUGGAGAGGGCGCUACCGGUAGUAACAAAGAUUACAAUAACUCCUCCACACGAUCAUACAGGGAGGAGUCGGCACCUUAUCUUUACAGAGAACGUUACUCAGAAAGUUUUACUCAAAAGCGCGAAGUCUUUGAUUACAGUGAUUCCCAUUAUGAUCACCUUCCUGUUACUGCUGGAAACAGAGGAUCCAGUCCACAGCAUGGUGUGGAGUCUUAUCAAGGAUGGUGAUAAAGAAUUUGGCAAAUGGUUUUUCUUUUUUUUUUUUUUUUCGCUUAACAACCUAAAGAAUACUGGUGCUACAUCAGGAGAUGUCAUCAACACUACACUCUAUCAGAGACUUGUAUAUAAUAUGAUAUAAUUUUAUUUUUAAGAAGCAACUGCUAAUUAUCUUGCUAGAAGAGAAGUUGUCGUCUUCUCAUCAGUAUGUAAUUUUUCUACCAACCAAACUAUCAUGUUACCAUUGUAAGCAGCAUGUUUUACGCUGGUUGACUUGUUAACAUGUCUGACCACUGCAGGGCUUUAUAAGGCAAUAAAAAGUUUAACUGGUUAUUAA